UUUUAGACUAUUGUUUUAAUUUUAAACGGAAAACGAACAAAACGACCAUGGCUGCCGCCAGCGUUGCUUUUCCAUGGCUUCUCAGAAGAGCAUUUCAAGCGUUGGCUUUCUGUCAACCUCUUCACAUCAACAGAAACCUUUCUUUCUAUGGAAACUGUUGCUCCUUUCCGGUUCAAACUCCACUGAGAAGUUCAGGGUUAUGUCACGUUGCCCAAGUUAUAAAGGGGGAUAAUGAUGUUUUACUUAAAGGAGUGGGUGAUAAAAGUGCUAUCGAAGAAGUGAAACAUAUUCUUGAAAUGGCUAGACGGGCAGCAACAAGAAGAGAGGUCCUCCAUACAGAUUUUCUCACCCCACCAGUAAUAAAGGAGUCAAUGCUAGUUUUGGGAAAACUGGCUGAUGUCAAAGCUGUUGCUCAGGGAGGAUACCCUCAGGCUGAGCGUUGUCGCAUUUCUAUUGGACAUUCAGAAGUAUUGACCAGUGAUCCUGAUGUAGUUGCAGCAUUAAAUAUCACAGGAAACUUCGGCUUUCAACCUUGUUCUCAUGGUGACUUCCUCGGUGCAAUUCUUGGUACAGGUAUUGCUAGAGAGAAGCUUGGGGAUAUUAUCUUGCAGGGAGAAAAGGGAGCUCAUAUUCUGAUUGUUCCAGAACUUGUUGACUUUCUUAUGUCAACCCUGGACAAGGUCGGCAAUGUAUCAGUAUCAUGUAUGCAGAUACCUCUGCUUGCUCUUGAAUAUGAGCCACCAAGGACACAGUCAUUCAAAACCGUAGAAGCAUCACUACGGGUUGAUGCUCUAGCUAGUGCAGGGUUUAAGAUUUCAAGGUCUAAACUAGUUAAUUUGAUCAGUAAUGGAGAUGUGCGUGUGAAUUGGACAAGUGUUACAAAAAAUGGAACAAUUCUCAAGACUGGAGACAUUGUCUCAGUUAGCGGGAAAGGAAGAUUAAAGAUAGGAGAAAUAAACACUACAAGGAAGGGAAAGUUUGCCGUUGAACUCAUUCGGUAUCUGUAGGCUACAUAGGAAGGAAUUUUAUUUUCCAUAAGCUGGAGAAUUUUCAAAUAUUGGAAGCCAAAGGGAGAUAUUUUUAAAGGUGAAAGAAAAAGGGAUGAAUAGUUGCAAGCUUCCAUGCCAAUAUUUGGGUAAUGACAAAGGUAUUCCCCAGUAAUGCUUAUACAUAAUAGCUUAUUCUCUUUCGAUAGUUAAAUUAGGGGUAUAAGGAUUUGAACUUGAGACCUUUUUGUUGUUUGAGCUAAGAUGUGGCUACCAUUAUUAGUAGUGCAUCGACUCAUCUAUUUUUUUCUUCAAAAUUCUUCUAAAAGAUUAUGCUUUUCUUCAAGAUUGAUGAUAAUUGCAUAAUGCUGGCCCUUGUCAUUGUAUAA